AUGAUGAACCAAUAUCUAAAAGAGUUGGAACAAGAUCCAUUCGACCCAGACGAAUUUGUUGAAAGAAUGGUUCGAAGAAGUAUGCAGGAAUCUCAACUUAAAGAUGAUCAAUUUGAUCCUGAGAUGAUACAUGACAUUUUCACACAAGCAAUACAAGACUUAAAGGUCCUGCAAGAGAGACAGGAAAGAAAAUGUUCAAGAUUAGAACAGGCUGUGCAAGAAGAAGAGAAACAAUAUGGAGCUAAACUUUCUGAGAUUAUGGACCAGCAUUCUCAUUGUGUAAACGUAUUCAGUUCCUUGGAUGAACGAAUGUCUCGCUGUGGUGGUAGGGCUUUGGAAGUUGGGGAGAAACUUGGUGCCGCAAGAGCGCCGAGAGCCAGGGCUGCUGCUGCACGGGAUCUUUUGUCACAUCUAGCAAAUUUUCUUAGUCCAGGCCCAGUGCUUACAGACCUAUUUAAUGAUCCCAAUAAGCUAAAUGAAGCAGCUGACGUCAUACAAAAAUUGUACACAAUUGCACAAGAACUACCACCGGAUAAAUUUGAAGUGGCAAAGAAAAAGAUUGAAGCUAAGUAUGACGAAAUUGAAAGAAAUCUUAUUGAGGAAUUUGUGAAAGCGCAGAACCAAGGCAAUCUGGCGAAAAUGAAGACCAUCGCAAACAUCAUGACAAAUUUCAAGGGUUAUUCGCAGUGUGUCGACGCCUUUAUUGAGACCAGCCAAAUGAAUACUUUACUUGGUAAAGACAUAUUCUCCGCUGUACUGCCUCUGUGCAAGAAAAAUUAUACAAUCAUAAGCAGUGUAUUCCCAAAUCCUGACCAAGUGAUGAGCAAAUUUGUUUUGAAUAUUUUUCAUCUGAAGCUACAAAAGUAUAUACAGACUAAACUGGCUGAUAAAAAUGACAUUGAAAAGUAUUUAAGGAAUCUGUAUGACAUGUAUACAAGCACACAAAAAGUGUGCGACGAGUUGGUUGCAGCGGGCCUAGUAUCCGCUGAUGGCAACAUUUCCACUGGCGAUUUAAGACGCGAAGGUCUUGUUAACGGAGCAUUGGCGGGAGCAAACGACGGGUACGCCGCACUUGAAACGAGGCGGUUAAAAGCGGUUCUAUCCAAUGCUCUCAACACAUAUUACAACGAGAAACAACAUGUCAAGAAACAGAUACAGGGAGGAGGAUUUCAAGAGCUUCGUCGAGAUUUGCAAGCUGUGAUUGGUACACGAGCUAACAUUAACAUAGCACAAAUAGAAAACUACGGCGGCGAGACAUUCCUUAGUGAACAGCUUGUACAGAAGAUGCUGAAUGACGCCAAGAUGUCGUUUUUGAGGUGUAAAACUCUAUGCACCGCCAACGAACUGCCAGCGACUGCCAUAGCUCUCCUCGAUGUGUUAAUACAGCACCUGCUCAUCGAACACGUUGAUUACGCUCUGGACCUUGGACUUCAGUCUAUACCCAUUGCCGAGAACAAGUCACCGCCUCAGAUCUACUUCUUUGAAAUAGUUGACCAGACAAAUAAAAUAGUGAAAAUGUUUGGAGAGCACUUUCAAGAAUCUAUUUUAUCAUGCCUGAGUUCAACGUCAAAACAAAGCGAAUGCGUCCAGAAAAAAACUGCAGUGAUGGAGCAGCUGGAAAAUAAAUUAGACGCUGGCCUUGAAAGGGCCAUCGCAGCUAUAGUGGGCUGGGUUAAGUUACAUCUGCAGACGGAGCAAAAGAAAACCGAUUUCAAGCCUGAAGGCGACAUAGACACCAUUGCCUCCUCUGCAUGUUUGACGGUAGUUUCGUAUAUAAACUCAGUCAUGGACAAGAUAUAUGCAAGCCUUGAUGGUGACAAUCUGCACGCAGUUACUUUGGAGCUUGCAGUCCGUUUACACAGAGUUAUAUAUGAACAUCUGCAGAACUUCCAGUUUAAUUCCGCUGGCGCGAUGAUCGCGAUCUGCGACGUGAAAGAGUACCGGUCGGCGGUGUGCGGGCGCGGCGGACGCGCGGUGCCGGCGCCGGCGCACGCGCUGUUCGACACGCUGCACGCGCUCUGCAACCUGCUGCUGGUCAAGCCCGAGAACCUGCACCAGGUCUGCGAGGGCGAGACCCUGGCAGAAUUGGAUCAGUCCAUUCUACACAACUUUAUACAAUUGCGUUCCGACUACAAGAGUCAUAAAUUAUCCAGCUUCCUCAAAGGACUGUCGUAA